CCUCUGCUUAACGUCACAUAUUUAUCUCACCAGGCGUGUGGAUUUUUUUCUGGAAAAAAAGUAUUGAGGAAUACGCACUAGCCAACAGUGAAUUUAUUUACAAAUCGACGAUUAAAACAAACGCAAGAGAUCAGAGUCAUGUGAAAGUGAAAGUAGCCUGAGAGUGAAACAGAUUAUCAACCAGUCAACUAGGGAAGCGUUUACUUGAAAUAGUCUGCAUUUAUCCUUUGAAAAUGGCCUCUAAACUAGAGGAGGAGUUCUCUUGUCCUAUCUGCACUGACAUCUACAAGGAUCCUGUCAUCCUCUCCUGCACCCACAGUGUGUGUAAAGUCUGUCUGCAGCAGUUCUGGGACGUCAAAGGAUCCAGAGAAUGUCCAGUCUGCAGGAAUGCAUCGCUGAAAGAUUCCCCCCUCCCAAAUCUGGCUUUAAAGAACUUGUGUGAGGCAUACUUGCAAGAAAGAGAUCACAGAGUCAUACUCUGCAAAGAUCACCAACGGAAACUUGAGCUCUUCUGUCAAGAUGAUAAGCAGCUUGUGUGUCUGGUGUGUCUGUGCUCAAAAUUACACAAAAAUCACAACUUCAGUCCUACUGCAGAAUCUGCCUCUAAGAUGAAGAGGGAGCUCAAGGUCAAACUACAUCCUCUACAAAAGAAGCUGAAGGACUUUGAGAAAGUUCAUGUCACCUGUGAGAAAACAGCGGCGUACAUUAAGACUCAAACCCAGAACACAGAGAAGCAGAUCAAGGAGGAGUUUGAGAAGCUUCACCAGUUUCUACGAGAUGAAGAGGCAGCCAGGAUAGCUGCACUGAGGGAGGAAGAGGAGCAGAAGAGUCAGAUGAUGAAGGAGAAGAUUGAGAAGAUGAGCAGAGAUCUCUCAACUCUUUCAGACACGAUCAGAGCCAUAGAAGAGCAGAUUGGAGCUGGUGACCUCACAUUCCUGCAGAACUACAAGGGCACAUUUGAAAGAGCCCAGUGCACACUGCAGGAUCCAGAGAGGGUUUCAGGAGCUCUGAUCAAUGUGGCAAAGCACCUGGGCAACCUGAAGUUCAGAGUCUGGGAGAAGAUGCAGGAGAUUGUUCACUACACUCCUGUGAUUCUGGACCCCAACACUGCAGCCGACUCUCUCGUCCUGUCUGAGGAUCUGACCAGUGUGACCCAGAGUGAGGAGCAGCAGCCGCUUCCUGGUAACCCAGAGAGGUUUGACUUUUAUGCCUGUGUGCUGGGCUCUGAGGGCUUCAACUCAGGCACUCACUGCUGGGACGUGGAGGUUGGGGACAACACACACUGGAUCCUCGGUGUAGUGACCGAGUCCGCCCAGAGGAAGUAAACGUAGGAAUAAACGUUGACGAUGGAUACUUCUACGUGGGUCAUAGUAAUGGAGCAUAUAGGUCAUGCUCCACACCAGACGCGCCCUCCUCUCUGUCCGUGACCAAGACACUGCACAAGAUCCGAGUGAGCGUGAACUGGAGAACUGGACAGGUGUCGUUCUCAG